CAAACAGCAAGGCAACCGUUCUUCAAACAGCAAGGCAGCUCACGAUUCGGUCAAGAUAAGCAAUCUGGAAGGUAUGAGGAAUACAAAUAAAGAGUCGCAUGGACCUACAGAUCGAUAUGCACCAUGUGAUUGGUAUUAUCACAUCCCCCUGAAACGAUCAGAGGAACAAGUUAGUUCAGAAGUUGCACAACAGCCAACAUCUCAGAUUCCAGGUCUUGGUGAUUUUGGGGAUACUCACAAUGACAUUACCUUUGGGGGUCGAAGAAAGUGGAUCAAGGAUACUGAUUCAGAAUAUGUAAAAUUGGCAAAGCAAGGUGGUCGACCAGAUUUACUGAGACAUUUACCCCCUACUCCACAAAAAGUAUCCCUGGGGCCUUACGGUGCACCUGAAUGGUACUCACAUCAUAGCAAAAAAGCAGCCAAUGACUCUAAAUCUCAUUCCCCAGCAAUUCCAGACUACAUGAUUCAUGAAGAAUUUAAAUCGGAUCAACCAGCCAGCUAUGAACCUAAAAAGGGCCCUUUUGAUUUUGAUAUGAAAAGUGUUUGGCAAAGGGAUGCUGAAGACAAAGAGAACAAAGAGAAAAGAGAGAUAAAACUUCCUGCUAUUAUACCAAGAUACCCACAUAGAACUCAACAAGCUAUCACAUCUAAAGAAUUCCAUGGAGGAAACCGACUUUAUUUUCCUCCAAUGCCUGUUCAUAAAAAAAAUGAGCCUGUAAACUUCAGCAAACUGAUUAGUAGUGGUUAUGGUGAUGAGUGGCUUCAACAACGUGAUCAAUGGAAGAAAAAAAAUACUCUGUCUAAUGAUUCUCUUCUUCCUCCAAGUGAGUAUCAGAAGAAAAUAGAAAAGAGGCAGAAAGCUAGGAAACAUACAUUGUCAUACAAAAGAAAAUCUAAAUCUCAAUCUGGACUUGAAAUGGGUGCCCAGCCUAAGAAGUCACUCUUCAAGCUCAGAAUAUUCAGAGACAUUCCAGCCAGAAUCGACACAAAAAGACAUUGACUAAAAAGCUGGUAUUUCACAGAAUUUUCACAAUUCUGUGCUAUUUCCAUUCAGCACUAUGUGCAGGAAACUUACACAUCUUAGGAAGCAGGCUCCAAUAGUAAUUGCUAAUCAAGUAUAAUAGGUGUCAGGCUUCAAAAGGCUUCAAUAGUUUUCUGAUAAACCAACUAUUACUAAGACUUGCCUAGUCUCUUCUAAAGCCAUACCUGUUGCUUGAGAGCUGAUGAGUAGCCCUACAGUCAUAGGACACUGUUAAUAUAAGCUAUGCUUUGACAUUGAACUACUGAAAAGAGUAUAGGAAAACAUAAAAAUGAGACCAACUUAAGUUUUAUAGUGCUGACCGUAUUUUUGUAUCUUUUUCGAAGUAAAAGCUAGUUAUUUUCAUUUUCUAUGUAAUAAAUUGAAUAUAAGUGAAAAUUAUUUUUCAGAAUAUUGGAUUAUACUGGUAGUUUUAAAUACCAUUUAUAUUUUGUCUGCUUUAUACUUUAUAUAUAAACUUGUAUAAAUGCUUGAA